AUGAAGCCCACACUUGGCCUGUUCCUGGUGGCUCUGAUGAGCCUGCCUCUGGUCCAGGCUCUGGACUGCCAUGUCUGCGCCUACAAUGGAGAGAACUGCUUCAACCCCAUGCGCUGCCCUUCGAUGGUCUCCUACUGCAUGACCACCCGGACCUACUUCACGCCGUACAGGAUGAAGGUCAGCAAGUCCUGUGUACCCACCUGCUUCGAGACUGUGUAUGACGGCUACUCCAAGCACGCCUCCACCACCGUCUGCUGCCAGUACGACCUCUGCAAUCACGCCGGCCUCUCGGCUCCCGCCGCCCAGGCCCUGCUCCCCGUGCUCCUGGCCACCCUGUGGGGUCUUCUCUAA